UUUUUAUAGCACCACCAACAGCUGUUUGUGACAUAACCUCUUUUUGUACAUAAUUGUGUUAUUUUUCAUUUCUCCUGUGCAAAGCAGCGUAAUAAUUUCAUUUAAUUUUAAAUAAAUAUUUGAAUAAAAUGAAUAUAACACCUUUAUUACGUACCGGCACAUUGAUUGCGAAUCGGCAAUUGGUGCGUCAGUAUGCUUUUAAGUCAGAUUUAAAAAUAAAAUGGGUAAGACCCGAAAAGAUACAAUCUAUUGAUCCAGCCAAAAGUGGUGAUUGCAGCAAACUGCCAGCAGUAAAUGGUCAGACACUAAUGAAAGGUUUUGACAAAUCAAAGGAACUGGAAACAGCCGAUGCCACGGUACGUUCCUUAUUUGAAUUGGGUAAUAAUCCUAAUUAUCUUACCACUGACUACUGUCGUGAGCAAAUGAUUAAGGAAGUACAAAGACAUCCUUUAGAUUUUGGCUCCAUGGAAGCGAGAUUGGCCCGUAUGACUGCUACCAUCAGACGUUACCAAGAGUAUAUGCUGGAACAUCCCCGCGACAAAAAACGCAAAGUACAACUCAAGGAAUUAAUCGAAAAACGCAAGAAAUUCCUUAAGUAUCUAAGACGUUGGGAUUACAGACGUUUCGAGUGGAUUUUGGAAAAAUUGGACUUAGUCUACAAACCACCACCAGUCGAAUUCCACUGGAUUACCCGUAAAGAAUCCUUACAAAAACUUACCGACAUACAUUGCGAACAAUUGAAACAAGAAAGAUUGAAUGAGUAUCGCAAAACAUUGGAGGAACAACAGAUACCCUUUUUAGAGGAUGCCAUUAGAAAAAUGGAAUUUAUACGUCAAGAACAAAUUGAUUUGGAUAUACCAGUGACUGUAACCAAGGAGGAGAUAGAUGAGCACAAAAAACAAUUGGAAGAAUUGAAGCUCUUUAGGGAGGAAACGAAAGCAGCAGCGAAGAAGGAUGAAUUAAUAAAAUAUUAAUCAAUUGUUACUGUUAAUAGUAAAUGUUAUAUAGAAAUUAAAACAAAAUAUCGGAAUUUGAAA